GGAACAGCGGCAACAAAAAAAACGCUAAGCCGGUUCUGCUGCGGGUCUGCUGCUCCAGUUCUGGACUCACAUCCAAACUUUCGGGGGCGUAACUUACAGUCAGUCAGUCAGUUCUGAGUUUCAGGUCCUUGGACGUGUAAGGAGCGGGUGUUUGUGGCCGUUUUGUGUCGAAAUAACCGUGUGAUAAUGUCUGAUAGAGAGGGUGGCGUGGAGCAACCGCGGGAAGAGCAGCGAGGACCAAGCGAACCGGGACCGGCGGAGGAUGGCACCUCGGAUGCUGGUCAUGAUGAACCGUCAGAAGCAGUGCAGGACAGUGGCGAACAGUCAUCACCUGUGGCUGAAAAACCGAAGGUGGAGCAGCAGGCAGGCUACGAAGAGAAAGUGAAAACAGACCGGACAAACAGAUUUGAGUACCUGCUAAAGCAGACUGAAGUGUUUGCCCACUUCAUCCAGCCUGCUGCCCAGAAGACUCCUACCUCUCCUCUGAAGAUGAAGCCUGGCCGUCCUCGCAUUAAAAAGGAUGAGAAACAGCAUCUCCUUUCUGCUGGAGACAACCGUCAUCGUCGCACUGAGCAAGAAGAGGAUGAAGAGCUGCUCAGUGAAAGCAGCAAAGCUGCCAAUGUGUGCACACGCUUUGACGAGUCACCAUCCUAUGUGAAAACGGGCAAACUGAGAGACUAUCAGAUUCGUGGAUUGAACUGGCUUAUUUCACUCUAUGAGAAUGGAAUCAACGGUAUCCUCGCUGACGAAAUGGGUUUGGGGAAGACUCUACAGACCAUUUCUCUGCUAGGCUAUAUGAAGCACUACAGGAACAUCCCUGGUCCUCACAUGGUCUUGGUGCCCAAAUCCACCCUGUAUAACUGGAUGAACGAGUUUAAGCGCUGGGUGCCCUCCCUCCGAGCUGUCUGCCUCAUUGGAGACAGGGAUGAGAGAACGGCAUUUAUCCGUGACACUUUGUUGCCGGGAGAGUGGGACGUGUGCGUCACUUCCUAUGAGAUGCUAAUCAUCGAGAGGGCCGUCUUUAAGAAGUUUAACUGGAGAUACCUGGUCAUAGACGAGGCCCAUCGUAUAAAGAAUGAGAAAUCAAAGCUUUCAGAGAUUGUGCGAGAGUUCAAGACCACCAACCGGCUGCUGCUGACAGGAACCCCACUGCAGAACAACCUGCACGAACUCUGGGCUCUGCUUAAUUUCCUCCUGCCUGAUGUCUUCAACUCUUCUGAGGACUUUGAUUCCUGGUUUGACACCAAUAACUGUCUUGGAGACCAGAAAUUAGUUGAGCGUCUACACACUGUACUGCGUCCUUUCCUGCUGAGGCGUAUCAAAGCCGAUGUGGAGAAAUCUCUCCUUCCAAAGAAAGAAAUCAAGAUGUAUGUGGGCCUCAGCAAGAUGCAGAGAGAAUGGUACACAAAGAUCCUGAUGAAGGACAUUGACAUCCUGAACUCAGCAGGGAAGAUGGAUAAGAUGCGUCUACUGAAUGUGUUGAUGCAGCUGAGAAAGUGCUGCAAUCACCCGUACCUGUUUGAUGGGGCUGAGCCUGGCCCGCCCUACACCACUGACCUCCAUCUGGUCGUCAACAGUGGCAAGAUGGCCGUCCUCGAUAAGCUGCUGCCCAAGCUGAAGGAGCAAGGUUCACGUGUGCUGAUCUUCAGCCAGAUGACCAGGAUGCUGGACAUUCUGGAAGACUACUGCAUGUGGCGUAACUAUGGUUACUGUCGUCUGGAUGGGCAAACACCACAUGAGGAGAGACAGAUCUCAAUAAAUGCCUUUAAUGAGCCCAACAGCUCCAAGUUUCUCUUCAUGCUGAGCACCAGGGCUGGAGGGCUGGGUAUUAACCUGGCCACAGCAGAUGUGGUCAUCAUUUAUGAUUCUGACUGGAAUCCUCAAGUGGACCUGCAGGCUAUGGAUCGUGCUCACAGGAUUGGUCAGAAAAAGCAGGUGCAUGUGUUCCGUUUUAUCACCGACAAUACAGUGGAGGAGAGGAUUGUUGAACGCGCUGAAAUGAAACUCCGCUUGGACUCCAUCGUCAUCCAACAAGGAAGGCUGUUAGACCCUAGCAUGAACAAGCUGGGAAAAGACGAGAUGUUGUCCAUCAUUCGACAUGGUGCCACUCACGUCUUCGCCUCCAAGGAGAGUGAAAUUACUGACGAAGACAUUGAUGGCAUCUUGGAGAGAGGAGAGAAGAAGACCUUGGAGAUGAACGAGAAGCUGUCCAAAUUAGGGGAAAGUUCUCUGAGGAAUUUCACAAUGGACACAGAAAACAGUGUGUACAACUUUGAAGGUGAAGAUUACAGAGAAAAGAAAAAGGUGAUCACAAACUGGAUUGAACCUCCCAAGAGAGAGCGCAAGGCAAACUAUGCUGUUGAUGCAUAUUUCCGAGAGGCCCUGCGAGUCAGCGAGCCAAAAGCGCCGAAGGCUCCUCGACCCCCGAAACAGCCAAAUGUUCAAGAUUUCCAGUUCUUCCCCCCUCGGCUUUUUGAGCUAUUAGAGAAAGAGAUUUUGUACUACAGGAAAACCAUUGGCUACAAGGUGCCCAGGAACCCUGACCUGCCCAACUCUGCGCAGGUGCAGAAAGAGGAGCAAGCGAAGAUCGAUGAGGCUGAGCCUCUGAAUGAGGAAGAGUUGGAGGAGAAGGAGAAUCUUCUUUCCCAGGGCUUCACCAUUUGGAACAAGCGAGACUUCAACCAGUUCAUUAAGGCAAAUGAAAAAUGGGGAAGGGAUGAUAUUGAGAACAUCGCCCGUGAAGUGGAAGGCAAAACACCUGAGGAGGUCAUGGAGUACUCCGCUGUAUUUUGGGAGCGCUGCAAUGAGCUGCAGGAUAUUGAGAAGAUCAUGGCACAGAUUGAGAGGGGAGAGGCCAGGAUUCAGAGGAGGAUCAGCAUCAAGAAAGCACUGGACUCAAAGAUUGGCCGGUACAAGGCACCAUUCCACCAGCUGAGGAUUUCUUAUGGGACCAACAAGGGGAAAAACUACACUGAAGAAGAGGACCGCUUCCUCAUCUGCAUGCUGCAUAAGCUGGGCUUCGACAAAGAGAGUGUUUAUGAUGAACUGCGCCAGUGUAUACGCAACUCGCCUCAGUUCCGUUUUGACUGGUUCCUGAAAUCCCGCACUGCUAUGGAGCUACAGAGGAGGUGUAACACACUGAUCACCCUAAUUGAACGUGAGAAUAUGGAGCUGGAAGAGAGGGAGAAGGCUGAAAAGAAGAAACGGGGACCUCGCACUUCUUCAGCCCAGAAACGCAAGCAGGAUGGGACCCCAGAUGGACGUGGCCGUAAGAAGAAGCUGAAGUUAUAGGACUUAAACCCCCCACUUAUGGACGAGCUUCAGUAGAGCGAUACAUGCGUUUGUGUUACGGGUCCUGCUCAUGUACUGUAUCAACGUGCAGAACUGAUUCUUGCCUCACAGUAGCUUGUCCUUUUUUAGAAAGGCAUAGUAAUGUAAAUUAGGUCUGUCUUUUAGUUACAUAAUGUACUACGGCUGUGCUGUUCUUCUUCUAAAUCUUUUGUAUCUGUAAUGUGAGUUAAUGAAAAAUGUAUUUAUGCCUGUUAUGUACCACAUUCCAUUUGCUUGUAUCAAAAUAAAUUGCAUCUUUUUUGUUUUCUUU